CGCACGCGCCCGCACGCGCCAAUCUGAUUACCGGCGCUCCAAUUAGCCGCGGCCCCGCGCCCGAGCUGCCCGCAGCGCCGCGCGGAGCCGCUUACGUAAGUGCGCGCUGCUGCUAGUGCUGCGGCGGCCGCAGAGUGCAGCCCGUGCUGCGUAUCGAUCCGGCGCCGUGAGCUCCGCGCUCGCACGGAUUCACGCUCUCCAGUAUAGCCCAGUGAUCGCACGAGAGGCCCGGCCCGAGUGCUGCGAGCUCCAUGGCCUGACCCGUCGGCUUCGACACCCGCGGCGCCGGCCCACAUGCCCGCGCGAGCCGACGCGCGGCCUCUCAUGCGAGUGAGCCCUCAAAGCCCACAGGCGGCGCCGGGCGGGCGGUGCGGCGCGGGCGGCUAGCGCGCGGCAUGCCGGGCGGCCGGCGGGGGCUGGUGGCCCCGCAGAACACCUUCCUGGAGAACAUCAUCCGCCGCUCCUCCUCACAGCACAGCAGCUUCCUGCUGGCCAACGCGCAGAUCGUGGACUACCCCAUCGUGUACUGCAACGAGACCUUCUGCAAGAUGAGCGGCUACAACCGCGCCGAGGUCAUGCAGAAGUCCUGCCGGUGCACGUGGAUGUACGGCGAGCUGACGGAGAAGGAGGCGGUGGACCGCGUGGACCACGCGCUGGACCACCACGCGCCCGACCAGUUCGAGAUCCUGCUCUACAAGAAGAACCGCACGCCGCUGUGGCUGCUGGUGCACGUGGCGCCCAUCCGCAACGAGCGCGAGCUGGUGGUGCUGUUCCUGCUCACGUUCCGCGACAUCACGGCGCUCAAGCAGCCCAUCGACGCGGACGACCCCAAGGGAGGCCUGUCCAAGUUCGCGAAGCUGGCGCGCAGCGUGACGCGCUCGCGCUCCGUGCUGGUGUCCGCGCUGCCGGCGCUGAAGGAGCCGGCGCGCACGAGCCAGCUGGCGCACGUGAUGUCGCUGUCGGGCGACGUGCUGCCGCAGUACCGGCAGGAGGCGCCCAAGACGCCGCCGCACAUCCUGCUGCACUACUGCGCCUUCAAGGCCAUCUGGGACUGGAUCAUCCUGUGCCUCACCUUCUACACCGCCAUCAUGGUGCCCUACAACGUGGCCUUUAAGAACAAGACCAGCGAGGAUGUGUCGCUGCUCGUCAUCGACUCGAUCGUCGACGUGGUGUUCUUCAUCGACAUCGUGCUCAACUUCCACACGACGUUCGUGGGGCCGGGCGGCGAGGUAGUCAGCGACCCCAAAGUGAUCCGCAAGAACUAUUUCAAGUCGUGGUUCCUGAUCGACCUGCUGUCGUGCCUGCCCUACGACGUGUUCAACGCCUUCGACCACGACGAGGACGGCAUCGGCAGCCUGUUCUCGGCGCUGAAGGUGGUGCGCCUGCUGCGCCUCGGCCGCGUGGUGCGCAAGCUGGACCGCUACCUGGAGUACGGCGCCGCCAUGCUCAUCCUGCUGCUGUGCUUCUACAUGCUGGUGGCGCACUGGCUGGCGUGCGUGUGGUACAGCAUCGGCCGCUCCGACGCCGACUCGGGCCUGCAGUACUCGUGGCUGUGGAAGCUGGCCAACGUUACGCAGAGCCCGUACUCCUACGUGUGGUCCAACGAGUCGGACGGGCCCGAGCUGGUCAACGGCCCGUCGCGCAAGACCAUGUACGUCACGGCGCUGUACUUCACCAUGACCUGCAUGACCUCCGUGGGCUUCGGCAACGUGGCCGCCGAGACCGAUAACGAGAAGAUCUUCACCAUCUGCAUGAUGAUCGUGGCAGCGUUACUGUAUGCGACGAUAUUCGGGCACGUGACCACCAUCAUCCAGCAGAUGACGUCCGCCACGGCCAAGUACCACGACAUGCUGAACAACGUGCGUGAGUUCAUGAAGCUGCACGAGGUGCCCAAGGCGCUGAGCGAGCGCGUCAUGGACUACGUGGUGUCCACCUGGGCCAUGACCAAGGGACUGGACACCGACAAGGUGCUGAACUACUGCCCCAAGGACAUGAAGGCUGAUAUCUGCGUGCACCUCAACCGCAAGGUGUUCAACGAGCACCCCGCCUUCCGCCUAGCGUCUGACGGCUGCCUGCGUGCGCUGGCCAUGCACUUCCACAUGUCGCACUCGGCGCCCGGCGACCUGCUGUACCACACGGGCGAGUCCAUCGACUCGCUGUGCUUCAUCGUGACGGGCAGCCUCGAGGUCAUCCAGGACGACGAGGUGGUGGCCAUCCUGGGCAAGGGCGACGUGUUCGGUGACUCCUUCUGGAAGGACAGCGCCGUGGGGCAAUCGGCGGCCAACGUGCGGGCGCUCACCUACUGCGAUCUGCACACCAUCAAGCGGGACCGCUUGCUGGAGGUGCUGGACUUCUACCAGGCCUUCGCCAACAGCUUCGCGAGGAACCUCACGCUCACCUACAACCUGCGACACCGCCUCAUCUUCCGCAAGGUGGCCGACGUGCGGCGCGAGCGCGAGCUGAUGGAGCGGCGCAAGCGCGAGCCGCAGCUGGAGCAGGCGCAGGACCACCUCGUGCGCAAGAUCUUCUCGCGCUUCCGCCGCGAGCGCAGCGUGGCCGCCGCGCCCGCGCCGCCGCCCGCGCGCGCCGCGCUGCAGGCGUCGCUGGCCGCGUCGCUGCAGGCCUCGCUCGGCGCGCCCGACCCCGCCGACGGCACCCGCGCGCUCUCCGCAGGCUCGGCGAGCGGCGCCGACGAGGGCAAGGCGAGCGGCACGUCGGCCGCCAGCGGCGCCGCGCGCGGCAAGUGGGGCCGGCUGCUGGCGGGCGGCUCGCUGGACGCGGCCGACGCGCCGCGCGCCUCCUUCACGCGCUCGCUCAGCGCGCGCGACCGGCCCGCCGCCGACGUGCUCAAGACUGCUUUCGGCCGCGGUCGCGCCGGCAGUGUUCUGGGAGCGGCUUCACGUCGGGAGCCCAUUGACGAGGAAGUAGAUGAUCGGAAAUCGCAUCCAUCGGCCUCCUCGCAGCCCGCGGCCAAUGCGCCCUGCCCCGCGCCCCCGUCCGCCCCCACCGCCGCGGCGACCGCGCUGCCGCAAACACCCGCACCCGCACCCGUACCCGCACCCGCACCCUUACCCGCCCCCGCACCCGCACCCGCAUCCGUAUCCGCGCACGACGCCGCACUGGCGGAGCUGCGGCGGGACGUUCGCAACGAGGUUCAGCGACUCCAGCAAAAGCUGGGACGCGUCGAAGAGCUUCUCACCUUUCUCGCUAACCGGCUCGGCGCAGAUCCCUCCGAAGCGACGGACGCGGCAGACCGAUCCGACAGAACCGACCGAUCGGAUCGAACCGAGCGACCUGAUCGCUCCGAACGAGCGGACCGUCCCGAUCGGCUCGAACGCGUGGAGCGAACCGACCGAGUGGAGCGCAGUGACCGUCCCGAUAGACUAGACAGAACGGACUCCACCGUCCUCGCGAGGAAACGACGAACCAAGGCGCGAAGCAAAGGCGCGGCGCCCCAAGUGCCGACGCCCACCACGCCCGGCGAGUCGCCCGGCAGCCCUGCGAGCGGCGCGGCAGCGCGCCGGCGUGACUUCGUGUAG